CUGAACUCAUAUAUAACUGACAUUCAUUGAUUGACAUUAUCGUUAUUAUUGUUAUUGGGUUCCCUGUGGACAUGAUGGCACGUGAUUGAUGAGCCCACGAGGGAUUUGUUCAGUUCAUUAAAAACCCAUUGAGACAAGCACUCUUUCCGUAGUUUUAAUCCCCCAACACGCCGAUACAUUGGUGCCGUGACCAGGAUGGAGGAGCUGCAACGUCUAAUUGCCUCUCGGCGAGGCCACAGGAGCCAUCUUACGAAGUUAAUGAAGAAAUCCGAGGAGAUUUUUUACCAAAGAUGGCGGGUUUACCGAACUCGAACUCGCAUCGGCGAAAAACACAACGCAACAACUCGAAGCAAAGGCUGGGAAACUCCGAGACUUAGAUGAGAUCAUAGCCCCGAAAAUUGAGAAGCCUGAAGAUUUGGAGGAGGAAAUAAUGGAAACGGAGGAGAUCCAGGAAGGGAUCACAGAUAUGAUUGCAAAGCUAAGUGUAAUCAUUAACAAUGACAAUGUACCGAGUGUUAAUACUCCCUCCCCCGUCGUUCCGCCGUCUGUCGCUUCAACAUCCUCUCCCCAAAGCGCUUCUUCCAUGUCUCAAAAUUCAACCAAUAUAGAUCCAACCCAAGUCGUACCACCCUUAAACACAACUCAAGUUGUCCCGCCCCCAAAGAUUACUCACCCCAGCAAUGAGCCUUUCAUUCCCCAAGCAAGUAACUUCAACUCCUAUAGCACACGUCUCCCAAAGCUGAACUUGCCCGUUUUUAGUGGGGACCCGUUGGAGUGGAUGACCUUCUGGGAUUCCUUUAAUGUAGCUGUUCACAGCAAGCCAGGCUUGCCUGAUGUAGACAAGUUUAAUUACCUAAAGGCCCAGGUUUCAGGGGAGGCAGAGCUAGCAAUUGGGGGCUACCUAAUUUCAGGGGAUAAUUAUGUGAAGGCACUGGCCACUCUCAAGGAACGUUUUGGGCAAACACACAGAGUGACGAAUGCUCAUAUGACUGCCCUAUUAUAUCUGCAAUAUCCCACAAGCAAUCUUGAGAGCUUGCGCCCCUUUUGUGAUGCAUUGGAAACCAAUAUAAGAGCACUAGAAGCCCUCGGCAAGUCCCAAGACUCCUUUGGGGAACUCCUUAUUCCUGUUAUUUUAGGAAAGCUCCCUAAUGAAACCAAGCGCAACCUAGCCAGGAUACAACAAGGGGGGGAAUGGACCAUACAAGGUCUGAGGGAAGCUCUUAAGCAUGAGCUUAAGGUUUUAGAAGCAGGAUCCCCCCUCCUGUCGGAAUCUACACCCACAGCCUCAUUCUUUACCGGGGUAAAGGGGCCUCAUCACCAGGGGAAAGGCAAACCCAAGGUCAUUCAGUGCGUUUACUGUAAAGGGAAGCACAGUACACAUAACUGCGCCACCGUUUCUGACCCUAAGGCAAGGAAGGACAUUGUUGUCAAGCUGAGGCUUUGUUAUAAUUGCCUUUCAUCCUCCCAUAUCAGCUUCAAAUGCACCUCGAAGUUUCGCUGCCGUCAAUGUGGAGCCCACCAAGAAGAUGAAUUUGAUCUACAGCAAUUUUGGUCCCUAGAGUCAAUGGGCAUAUCACCCAAUGCUGACCCCCCUGAGAAGAACUUCUUGACUAAUUACCAGGCCACCUCGAUCACUAGAGACGAAGACGGCAUAUACAUUGCUGGGUUUCAAUGGAAGGAAGAGCACGCCCCUCUCCCAACUAACUUCAGUAUCUGCGAGAGACGCACAAGGGCUACCGCACGACGACUUCACCAGACACCAGAUUUGAUGAAGAGUUAUGACGACAUCAUCAAGGAACAAGAGGCCAGAGGGUUCAUUGAGAAGGUUAGCAGCCCUGACCCGUCUGACCACGCCCACUACAUACCCCACCACCAUUUAAAAAAGGAGUCAUCGACCACGCCCAUUCGUAUUGUCUUUGAUUGUAGUUGUCACCAGGCCCCCUCGACCCCAAGUCUGAACGACUGCCUAGAGGUCGGUUCACCUUACCUAGCCGAAAUGGGCUCGAUUUUAGUGCGGUUUCGCGCCCACCCUAUUGGAGUUUCUACUGAUAUAGAAAAAGCUUUCCUCCAUGUACGUCUCAGCCAAGCUGACCGCGACAUGACCCGGUUCCUAUGGCUCUCCGAUCCCGGUGACCCCGAAAUUGAGUUCCAGACCUACCGUUUCAAGCCGGUCCUUUUCGGCUCUGCGAGCUCCCCCUUUAUGCUGAAUGCUGUCCUUCAAACACACCUUGAUAAUCAUAAGACACCAGUCGCACAGGACAUGAGGGACAAUCUCUAUGUUGACAACAUCAUCACCGGCUGUGAAACACACCAAGAGGCCCCGAGUUACUAUGACGGAUCAAGAAGUAUCAUGACUGAAGCAAAGUUCAACUUACGGUAUUGGGCAUCCAAUAGCCAACCCUUCUCCAUCGUGCUGCCCUUGAUGGAGUGAAUGAUGCCAACUGCGACAGUGUCAAUGUUCUAGGCUUACGGUGGGACACCUCAACCGACACGCUAACACUUGCAUGUAAAGAAUUACUAGCACCUGACGACACUCUUGUCACAAAGCGAGAGAUCUUAAGGGAGUCAUCUAAGAUCUAUGAUCCACUAGGCCUCAUCACCCCCAUCUCAAUCCGCGCUAAGAUCCUUAUCCAGGACCUCUGGAAGUUAAACGUAGAUUGGGAUGAACCCCUGAAUGGGGAGAUACGAACUCGCUGGCUCAGCAUUGCGCAAGAAAUCCGACAAUCAACCAAUCUUACUAUUCCUAGAUGCUAUCUCAGCAAUCCGUCAGCCAACGAGACGACCAAGCUGCAUGUGUUCGUGGAUGCUAGCCCGAAAGCCUACGGAGCUGUGGCAUACAUACGGCAGGCCAAUCAGACUUCCUUUGUGAUGGCGAAGUCACGUGUCGCUCCAGUAAAGGGACUGUCACUCCCCAGACUAGAAUUGAUGGCAGCACUGGCUGGUGCAAACCUUGCAGAGUACUUGCUUAACUCUUUGCAGAAGAAUUUUCCUGAUCUACAAGCAUUCUUCUGGUCGGACAGCCAGAUCGUGCUCAAUUGGCUUCACAGUAAUAAGCAACUUCAGCAGUUUGUAGGUAACCGAGUCAGAGAAAUCAAGCGUCUCUCUCAGCCAUCUAGUUGGCGUUACUGCCCCACACGCGAUAAUCCAGCAGACCUACUAACGAGGGGUCUAACCACAGCAGAGCUCCAAGCAUCAACAGCAUGGCUGCAUGGCCAUCCUGGAUAACUUCAGAAUGCGACUGGCCAACGUGGGAAUCAAGCACCACCCUUCUUGUUGAGAUCCCAGAGGAAGAACCUAAAGUUACCCCAGAACCUGAUGUGUUAGGAGAGCAAACCAACUCUGAAGCAGUCGAGAAUCCAAGCAUCAGCACGAUCAUGGAUCCCACUAGACACAGCACACUGAGGAAACUUCUACGUGUAACCGCUCUUGUACUGAGGUUCGUCCAUAACCUCAGGAACCCCACUGACCGCAGAAACGGACCUCUGAUGGUCACUGAGCUGACGAAAGCAGAAAGGACAUGGAUCCACGAUCGCCAACGCCACUCUUACGCCAAA